AUGAACAGUCGUAUACGUGCAGGUUUUGUGCGGCAGGCGUUCCAUGAACGUUUUGCAUGUUUUUCCUCGGCUUUCCAGGAAGACCCGGCGGCGCUGCUCUGCGAAGGCAUCAUAUGCUGUUUAAUGCACCGUGACGGUGGAAGCGUUCGGUGCGUCGUAAAACUCAACAGAAGUCGCACGUCGCUGAUCCUAAAAGCUGGUGAAAAAGGCAGAACGGUUCCGCUGGAACAGAUCCACGGUGUGUUAUACGGCGACGAACUGAAGCGAAUCGAUGCAUUCGACGCGGAUAAUACACCGUGUGUCGCCAUCUACAUGGUUUCAGGCUCCGCGAUCCCCAUGGUCUUCCCAAGCGAGGAGCUAAAACGCGCUUUCUUAGACGGAAUGGGGGCGCUUCGAAUCGGACCAGACGCACGCAGUUCUGCAGAAAAGAAGGCAAUCGAGGGAUAG